GACAAAACCUGCUUCCAAUUUGGCAACUUCCCACCGAUUUUUUCCAAGCCAGCAAGAAGCCAAGAACCGCAUGAAAACAUCCACCCCACAAGCGCCCUUUACUUCGCGUGAGAAACACCUACUGUUAUGAUUCUAGAAAUCAGGUGAUCAAAAAUGCCAGAGAUCCGGAGCGAGUCACUACUCUUCCGCUUUGCAUAUAGACACGCGAUUUGGUCGCUUUCAACGUUCACACGAGAAAGUGACAUACGACAUUAUCAUUAUCGACGCCGGGGUGUUCCUUAAGCAAAUUGAAUACAAAACUACAGUCCAAUCAAUUCAAUCCUCACUUUUUUUUGUUCUCGGUUCUUCUUUAAGUUUCAAAGUUUGAAUCUAAUUAAAUUGAUUAUUUUACUUUGAGAGUUGAUUUUGGAUUAUAAUGGCGAGCGAAAUGAAGGAGAAGGAGGUUUUCGAUUCGGAGUCGGCGAAGGAGCUGGUUAAGGAGUUGAGAGCUAGCUUCGUAGCCGGAAAGACUAAAAGCUAUGAAUGGCGCAGGACUCAGUUGAAAGCGAUGUUGAAGAUGAUGGAAGAGAACGAGCCGCAAAUCGUCGCCGCUCUUCGCGAUGAUCUUUCCAAGCCGGAACUCGAAUCCUCCAUCUAUGAGAUAGCAAUGUUAAAGAACUCCUGCAGAUUGGCACUCAAGGAAAUGAAGCAUUGGAUGAUGCCAGAAAAGGCAAAAACUUCAUUGACUACAUUUCCUUCCUCUGCUGAAAUUGUUUCUGAACCAUUUGGUGUUGUGUUAGUAAUCUCAGCAUGGAAUUAUCCUUUUUUGUUGUCUCUUGAUCCAGUUGUUGGAGCUAUUGCAGCUGGUAAUGCUAUAGUCUUAAAGCCAUCAGAAAUUGCUCCAGCAACAGCAUCAUUGCUUGCAAAACUGGUAUCCAAUUAUUUGGAUAGCUCUUGCAUAAAGGUUGUUGAAGGGGCUGUUCCUGAAACAUCAGCAUUACUGGAGCAAAAGUGGGACAAAAUAUUUUAUACAGGCAAUGGAAGAAUUGCACGAAUUGUGAUGGCGGCCGCUGCAAAGCACUUAACUCCAGUUCUUUUGGAGCUUGGAGGAAAGUCUCCAGUCAUUGUUGAUUCAGGCAUCAAUUUACAGGUUGCAACUAGGCGGAUAAUUGCAGGCAAAUGGGGAUGUAAUAAUGGACAAGCAUGUAUUUCUCCUGAUUACGUUAUUACAACAAAAGAUUUUGCUCUGAAGCUGGUAGAUUCUUUCAAAUGUGAAUUGGAGCGAUUUUAUGGAAAGAAUCUAUUGGAGUCAAAAGAUUUGUCUCGCAUAGUGAAUUCUAACCACUUUGCUCGCUUGUUAAAGCUCUUGGAUGAGGACAAGGUUUCUAUUAAGAUCGUCCAUGGAGGUGAAAGAGACAAAACAAACUUGAAGAUUGCUCCCACUAUCUUGCUUGAUGUCCCACAAGAUUCUCUAAUCAUGAAUGAAGAGAUAUUUGGUCCACUGCUUCCAAUUAUCCUGGUUGAUAAAGUGGAAGACAGCUUUGAUGUGAUAAAUUCUUCAGGAACAAAGCCACUAGCUGCAUAUCUGUUUACCAAUAACAAGAAGCUAAAAGAGAAAUUUGUUGCAACUGUCUCUGCAGGGGGUUUGGUCGUCAAUGACACUGCUGUACAUCUUGCUGAACAUACUUUACCAUUUGGAGGAGUCGGCGACAGUGGAAUGGGUGCGUAUCAUGGGAAAUUCUCCUUCGAUGCUUUUAGCCAUAAAAAGGCCGUUCUUUAUAGAGGUUUUGCUUGUGAUGCAUUUAUGAGAUACCCACCAUACACGAGUGGAAAGCUAAGAUUGUUGCAGGCUCUUCUUGGUGGUAGCAUAUUAGGCAUAAUCCGUGCUUUGUUGGGAUGGUCUAAGGCAUGAACGGCAAUGGGUGCGGCUAUCUUUGUCAUCUCAGACUUGUAGGAACAUAGUUACAUCAGGAAUAGUUUUACAGGAAGCGGAUGACACUGAUGCGUUAAAUUUCAAAACUCUGUUCAUUUGACAGAACUUUAUCUGCAAUCUUGCCUAAGGCUGAUAUUAUUAGUAAAGUGAGUUAUUUUACAUUUGAUAAAUUUUUAAUUUUGUGUAAUCUUAUAUUGAAAUUGGGCUCC